GCGACGCGCUAAGGCAGCCGUCUACCGAGCAGCGAGAGCGCGUGUCGCGCCGUCUGUGCGUGUGUGAGACAGAGAGAAAGAGUGUGCGGUUCACGCAAAGCGAGAAUAGGCGAGCGAACGUGCGGUGCGUGCGGUGUGUGUCGGUCGCGCAUGUACACACACAUCAGUCGGUUGUUGUUCGGGGUGUCGAGAGUGUACUUGGUCCGGCCGCCGUAUGAUUUUUCCUUCCGUCGUGGGCCGCGCUUGAUUCAAAACCCAGAGGAAGCGUGCACACACGCAGUAUUUGCGCAAAGAGUGGUGAAGUCCGCGUCGCAAUCUCGGGAGGCUGUAGUGUGGCUGUGUGUCUCCCCCGCGGGAUCGAUGUGAACAGAAACCUUUUUUUUCGUGGUGUCGAAAGCGAGAGGAUUUACCCUCCCCGAAGAAUAAGACGUGUUCGGACGCGCGCGUGUGUGUGUGUGUAGGUUUGAUUGCGGUCUGGCGCGAGCGGUGGUGAAUUCAAGCAAGAUAAAACAACAACAACAACAAAAUAGGCAACUGAAAAACGCACCCCCAACAGCGGUCGAGCAGUGAGAAGAGGGCGGGCGAGUUUUGCCCCCAAACGAGAGGCGGCAUAGAGAAGAGGAAUGGAUCAGAGAGCGUAGCAAGGCGGGAAGCGUUGUGGAAGUGAUCGUGUGUGAGAACGAGAGUUGUGUGACGAGCCAAAGUUACUAAAAAAAGGGAAGCGAAAAAAAAAAACACGCAGAGGUGGCUGGUUGGUUGGUGAAGGAAAACCGGAAGGGCGGGGAAAAAGAUGGCUCGCCAAAAUAAUUCUACGCGCCGCAGCGUCACCGGCCGCGAUGCUGUGCGAUCGAGCUGAUCGCGCGUCGACCACGACAACGACGACGAUGAUGAUGGCAAGUAAGAUGAAAGGCCAGCACCACCAUCACCACCACCACGGCACGGUCGCUUGGUCGUGAGAGAGGACGAUGGCGCAGAAGCAACGCGGCAGCAGCAGCAGCAGCAGUAGUAGUGAGUCGAUGAGCAAGGCAAAAGUGACCCCGCUCGACCCAGCGUGAGCGGCGGAGCAAAAGCGUGUGCGUGUGUGUUUGCGGAUUUGGAAAACAGCAUCACCCCGUAGAACAGGGCGGGGCAGAUCGGCGGAAAGGAAGGAAAGGAAGCCGGGAAAACCGGAAGAGGAAAGGCAGCGAGUGUGUGCGUGCGUUUGUGCGUCACUGUGAGUGCAUUGGAAGGGAGGGAAGGAAGGGUGGCGUGCGGGUCGUCGGGCAGUGCGUUCUUGUGUGGCGUUGCGUGAAGAAAAGUGCGUGAGAGCGUGGUGCGCGAAGGAAAGGAAAAUUCGAUCGCGCAUAAAACGAGCGGCCAAAGGAGCGCACUGGAAGAAGAAUACGAAGAAGAGAAAGAGGAAGAAGAAGAAGAUUGGAAUCUAGUGAGUGAGAGAGUGUCUGUGUGUGUCUCCAAACGCCAACCUCACCACAACCCCUCAGCAAUACUACCAACGAAAAGUGAAUUGGCAUCGUGCAUUUUGAUUACGCGCUCAUUGGUUUGUUUGUUUUUGUGCGUGUUUCUGUGUGAGAGCGAGAGUGCAUUAGAAAUUGGCGCACAGUGUGUGCAUUUGCAAGCUUCCCAACAGUGAGGCGAAGGCCUGUGUUGGUGUGUGCGCGAGAGUGUGUGUUUUAGUAGGGCGGUACAUGCGGUGCGUGUAGUGGUAGUGCAUACAGAGGGGCGCGCUAGUGUACAGCAAACAUGACGGAAUACGUGCCACCGCACGUCAUCUCGGUGCUGAAGACGUACCAGGACAAAGCGCCCCGGAGUCUGCACGGGCCGGGCCUGUCGCUGGUCCAUCCGAGCAAGGCAGGGGCGGCGACUGGGCCGGGUGGUGCGAUUGUGGUCGGCCGGGCGGAAACACCCGAUCACCUGGCGUCGCAACAUCACGCCCUGUCGCACCACGCUGGAGAGCCUUCCGGUGGUGGUGGUGGUGGGCGGGCUGGAAGUGAUGAGGACGAGCUGCCACAGCCGCGACAGCCGAUGGGACCGCCGGUCCCGGGCGUCCCGAUCAUGACGACGCCCGACCCGGACUGUGGCAUCCUGCACAUGACGAUGCUGGAGGGCAAGCGGAUCGGGUGCUUUCUGCUGGGCGGCGAGACCCGGCUCUGUCUGCCGCAGAUCUUCAACAACAUCCUGAUGGACUUCAGCGUGGAGCAGAUCAACCGGAGCAUCCAGGAGCUGAUGAUCUACCUGUACAACUGCACCGACCAGCAGCUGGCCGAGUUCAAGCGCGCCAACAUCAUCCCGGACACGGCCAAGUCGUGCGGGCUGAUCACGCGCACCAACGCGGAGCGGCUGUGCAGCUCGCUGCUGCACCAAGCGCACGAGCUGCGCCCCCGGCUGAAGGGUGGCGGGCCCGGCAGCGCGCUGCUGAACGGAUCGUUCCGCGUGUACCAUCGGUGCUUCGGGCGGGGCGAGGGCCUGUUUCUGCCCGAGCUGUACAGCUACGAUGAGCAGUCCUGCAUCGAGUGUGCGGAGUGUCGGGGCCUGUUCUCGCCCCAGAAGUUCGUGUGCCACCAGCACGAGCCGCAGGAGAUCCGCACCUGCCACUGGGGCUUCAACUCGAGCAACUGGCGCUCGUACAUCCACGUGGCGGAGAGCGAGAAAAACCGGGAGGAGCAUGCGCAGGUGCUGGACAAGGUCUGGCUGAAGGAGCGCGAAAUCGAGCAGGAGCUGGAAGCCGAACGGGCCUUCUGGGUUGCAAGACGAAAGGCGGCCUGGGAAGGUCCGAUUCCCAUCAAAGCGGAACCACUGGACAUUCCACUGAAGAAACCAAAGCUUAUGAACGAUGCUGGAUCGAUGUAUCACAGUAGCAGCGGCAGUAGUAGUAGUGUUGGCAGCAGUCGGACACAGCACUAUGCCGCCCAGCAGCAGCAGCAGUUGCUGGUGCAUCCACAGUCCCACCUGCUGCACCAUCACCAGCAGUCGCAGCAGCAGACGAGUGCAGCCUUCCGGCCCUGGACCGCCCAGCAAAAGGCGCAAAAGUACGCGCAGCAACAGCAGCAGGCGCUGUUGCUGCAGCAGAUCGCACCGUACGCGAACGGCACAGGCACCACGAUCGUGAACGGCACGAUCCGACCGACCUCGCCCGGUGGCAGCAUUCUGGCGCUCAGCCAAGAGCCGCCGCUGCUCCAGAACCCGGAGAACGUGGUACCGAUGUCGGAGACGGACAAGUUCGAGCGUUCGUACCAGCCGAACGUAGCCCUAGUGCCACGCAAAACGAUCCUGUGCGGGAAGGAGCCGCCAGCGGUCUCGGUGACCGCUGUCCGCGAGCGGCGCGAGUACGAUGGCAACAAGGAUCGUUCCGUGAUCAAGUGUGAGGUGGUGCAGAUCAAGCAGGAAAGCCCCGGCACGCCGCCAGCGAUUGCUGCCGGCGGUGGUGCAGCCGUCGAUGGAUCGAUGCGGUCCGUGAUCAAGUGUGACGUGCAGAUCAAACAGGAACGUUCCGGGACGCCCGCGUCGGCAGGCUCGGGACACUUGGAUCAUGGUGGACGAGGAGGCCGAGAAGACAACAGUCGCUCACCGGGUCCACCGUCCUCGGCACACAUUCCCGUAUCGCCUCCACCACCGGCAGGAGCGAUCGCGAUCAGUACGAUCAUUGCCAAGCAGCAGCAGCAACAACCACACCACCACCAGCAAGUGUCAUCGAUGGCAACGUACGGAAAUAGCAACAGCAACAGCCCCGUUCCGAUCGCGCUGGAUGCGCAGCAUUCCGGGUCGUCCGGGUCGAACGAGAUCACCUCGUCGACGUCACCACUGCCACCACCGCCAUCAUCGAUCGUGGUGAACAUGAACGGUGGAGGUGACGGCGUGGCGCGCGCACGGGAGCAGACGGGAGACAAGCCAAAGCUAGUGCUAAUAAAAGAACCGAUCAUCAGUCCACCGCUGAGCACACGGACGCCCACGGGUCGGCAUUCUCCACACGGCCAUAUGCUGCAACAGCAGCAAGGCGGUGGUUCCGGCCAUCAUUCGCAGCCAGUGUCCCCGCCGCCACCGUCGCACCACAGCGAGCAUCAUCAGCCGAUGUAUCUGCACCACCAUCAGGUACUACAGCAGCAGCAGCAGCAGCAACAACAGCAGCAGCACUUCCGAUCUCAUCAUCCCGGCACGACGACCGCCGACACGAUCAUCCACCGGAACGGGCAUCCGGUGGUGGGCAACUCGGAGUUUGAGCUGUCCACCGACACGGACGAUGACAGCCAGACCGGCGAACCGGACAGCAGCAACGUCCCCACGACGAUGGAGCUGAUCGGCGAGGUGCUGAAGGAGGUGGAAACGGAAACGAAGCAGCAGAUACUGAACAUCUUCAAGGUGCUGCUGCAGGAGAGCCGCGUCGAGCACCACCGGCUGCAGAUGGAGAUCCGCGCGAAGGAGGACCAGCUGAUGGAGGUGCAGCGGCACAACAUGGAGAUCCAGCGCCAAACGGACCACUUACAGCAGCAAAACCAUCAGCUACAGCUCGAGCUUGAUCGUGCUUUGCUGAAGAUUGAAGCGUUGCGCGAGCAUCAACACCAGCAGUCGCAGCUCCAUCAUCAUCAGCAGCAGCACCACCACCAGCAGCAGCAUCACAUCAUGGUGCGGGAAACGCUAGGCGGGGUGGGUGAGUCCAGUACCUCCUCUACCCCGCCAUCGCCCCUGUCGCUCGUCAGCAACGGUAGCAACAGCAACCACAGCCAUCAGCUGAUCGAGCGGCGGAACAGUUUCCCGGAAAAGUCGGAAAUCAUCAUGAAGCCGCUGAAGAAGCUGCUCCGGCGCAGCCCGGACGAUGCGACGACGGUGCUAAUGUUGGCAUCGCCACCGCCCCAACCCACGGGCAGCCUGCCGCCGGCGCUUCCAGCCUGUCUGUCAAUUACGGCUACCACCGUGUCGGUGGCCCCGAAAGCGUCCUCCACCCAGUCGGACCCGGAAGCGGGGCGCGAAGCUAGUCGACGGCAGCCUUCUGUCUCUCCGUCGCCGACGCUGAGAGCGGGCGAAUCGUCGCCGCCGCCUGCUGCUUUACAGCAGCCGCCGCAACCACCGCCACCACCACCACCAACAAGUGCCACCAUUGUACCUGCAUCACCGACAACGAUAACGGCCGUCAGUGCCGUGAAUGGCGGCUCGUCCACGGCUUCAUGCAUCACCCAACCGUCGUCGUCCGCCCUAGAGAACGGUCCCUCGCCAUCACCGAUCGUUGUCGUUAUUCCGGUGAGCAGCAGUGGUGGCUCUUUGCUAAAAGAUGCUAGCGGCGGUUGUUCUCCACGACCGCCGUCGCGGGCUGGCUCACCGCGGUGUGACGGCAAAGGGCGACGCACUCCGGCGGAAGGCAACGAUAGUGGUGGUGACGAUCAGGAUGAGGAUGAACCGAUGGAAGAAUCAGUUGUUGCUACGGACUCUUCCAGGACUGUGGAGGUGUCAUCGGACGCUGCACCAGAGGGAACGGCCAAAGCGUCAGCGAUCAGUGCAGCGAAGGGCAGCGCAAUUGGGACAAGUACACCUUCGGGUGGUGCCAGCAAUCAGGAGAACGAUUCGCCGAACCGGUCCAAUCGAGGCAGCUCCAGCGGUGGCACUACCAAAAGCAGCUGUGACAACUGAUAGUUGGUGAUCCGUUGGCGCUGAACCAGGGGAUGCCGCGGCAGCGGCGACGGCGGAUCGGUACAGCGCUAAGCAGCGAAACAGCGUAACCUAAAGUGUAGAGCGUGUCAUUAUCACCUUAAAAAUAUUAUUUAUCUUUGGUUACCAAGUCCGGUUGGCGGUGGAAGACAUGAGGGGGAUGCACACACAGCUGUUGUGGUCCCCGUUUGCUCUCGGAACCGCGCACCAAGUGAAGCAUUUUCGUACGAUCCAUUCUCUCCAAACGUUUGUUUCGAGUUUUGUCCAAGCCAAAAUCAAAGUUUGUGUAUAAUUGGUAUUCGUUUCGUUCCCACCUAAAUUAUUUAUACGGUACGAUUAUUAAAUAGAGGGGCAGGAGAAGGUAGGCCCAGCUCUUACGACGACUACGUGAAACUAUCUUGCGCGCAAACCAAACGUUCAUCCGCACAAACUGGAAAGUUGGUUGGGAAAGGCGUAUCUGGGAAAGGAUAGAUGAUCGCUAUGCACGAACAACGAACAGUCUUACUGAGCAGCGUGAUCGAUAGUAAUUACCAAUGGUCACUUGAAAGAAGAAACAGAGGGAACAAAUGGAAAAGCAUCGUCACAGGACAAGCCACGAGCAAGAUUAGACAGGCAUACUUUUUCCCCCCUUCUCUGCUAUUUUCUAUGCUGCCCGGUAAUAGCGAUUAGGUCGGCAGCGCGCGCAGUACAGUAGUUUUAAUAAUUUCUUUGAAUUAACCACUAAGUGGUUUUAAAUAUGGUAGAUUGUAGUGUCGAAAAACAAACCGAAACGACGCGGCAGUAAGAUGUGUGCUGUAAGAAGCGACGGUGUGUAAAGCAGUAACUCGUAAGUUGCUGUAAGAAUUCGUCAAGUACCGGAGACAAAAAAACUAGUUGCUAUCAAGCUAGGCGAAAUAGAACUGUACCCCGUACAAGCGCAAAACGAUAUAGAAAACGUAGCAAACAAAAGAAGAAAAAAUAACGAACAACGUGCUGGCAAUGCACACACAGUGUAAAACAGUAAGUAAUCCUCUUUACGAUAAAAGUCAGUCGAUAACUACUAUAUUAAAACCAACAAGCACAUAAGCAAAUGGGGAGGAAGAAAACAAAGAAACACACGCUAAACUAAAAAAACAGCGCAGCAUAGUGAAGAGAUAAAGCGUAAGCAUGGAACCAUCUUAAACUUAAGUUUCAACUGUUUUUAAAACAAGCGUUUCAACAAGUUAAACCCUGACGAAAAAGCGUUUAAACAACCACAAAUAAGUAGUACCAGGCGUGAAUGCGAGCCGCACGUCCUCGGUUCGUCGAAGUAGAGGUUGUAGCGGGUUUUGUAGGUCCCGUGCGCCACGGACGAAUGCGUGCAGAGUCAUCCCAUUGUAAAUAGAGCGGUCCCACUAGAACAUUUAAGCAAACAAACCCAUGAAUGCACCUUGAAUGCACACUCACGUCCACGAUUAUGCGAAUGUAGAGAGCAACAUUUCAUUCUACUUCCAAUGUAGAGCUGUUUGUUUUUGUUUUUACGUAUAAUUCCUUUUUGUAAAUUCUCUUGCCUCCUUUUGAUUGCCUUUCUUGUGCCUUCUUGUCUUGGAGGGCUUAGAAGGACGAGUAUUCAAAAGGAACUAGUGCCAGUUAUUGUAAUCGAUUCAAGCAGAACCUUUCACUCGAUGAGAAAUUCCUCUGGCAGCGCGUUGUCAGUGCGCACGAUAUUUAUUUCGUUUAUUUUGGCCUCGUACUACAUUAAAUUAUUACUUUCGUUCUCAAAAUUUAUGCUCCUGUCUCUUACCCCUCUCCGUUGCGGAGUACUCCUCACACAGUACUAAAAUUCACCUGGUGGCGGGGAAGGAUGUUGCAAAGCGACACUACUCCUCCGAUCAUUAGUCCUUAUCUGUACGGCUUUCCUUGCGAUGGGGCAUCUCCAUCGAUCCUUUGCAUGGUAACCUUCACACACACACACCUGUAUCUUUACCUUUAUUUAUUACAAGCAGUUCUGACAUCAACGGUGUAUGUAUUUCCGCUUUUUAUUUACUUUAAUCUGCUUAAAGCAUCCAUCCUUUGGUUAAACUAAGUUUGAUAGGGAAGGAGAGUGGGUGCGUUCAAAACCAAGUUUUUCGAUCCAAAAAAAGAGCAUACUCAUACAAAAAGAAAAAAAAAUGUAUGCUUGUUUCUGUACACUGCUUAUGCUUCCUUCUAUUCUAUUUUUUGUUUGUUUCCUGUCGAUCGGUCGAUCGGUGUGAGAGUUGGGAUAAAAUUCCUUCUAGCUUAAAGCUUUCUUUCCUUUCCCUCCUAUCCAGCGCGCAUACCGCUGGAUAAAAGAAUCGAGUCGAAACAUAGGCGUACACAAUAUUACUGUCGAUCUUAAGUGUAAUUUUGUAUAAAGAGAAAAAAAGCGUAACUUUAAAUAACGAUAAGGUCCGUUAAGAAACAAACCAUGCUACUAGAGUUAGAGUGUGUAACUGAUUACAAGUAAAAAGGACAAAUCAUCCAAAACAAAACAGACGGAAAGGAGCCAUGUGUCCUUCUUGCGCGCUUGUGUGCUGAAUUGGUGUAUUGAGAAAGAAAAAAAAAAAGUAAUAACACAAGAGUAAAACAAGAAGUUGGUCCUCGUUAGGGUGCAAACAACGAAUGUGGACCGAAUUAACGACUACCACCACUACCAUCUAGUGUUGUGCACUAAUGUUCUGCCGCAAUGUUCUCAUUGAUUAAACGUACUUUUAUACGCUCGCAUCGCAAUAAUCUCUGUGUGUGCGUGCAUGUGUGUGUCGAACACCAGAUUUCGGGUUCGUAGUUCGCAAUCCCAUUUCGAGUAACUGCCAGUUUGAAAAGCAACAAGUUUAAAAUUUAGUAAAAACGAAAGCAAAAGCAUAACGAGACGAAACGAAACUGUCACAACAACCGCGUCACGGCGAACGCCUUUUCGUUUUAUUUUCAACUGUAAUAAAUGAAACAAAAUGUAAGCUUCUCAAGCUUUCCCGCUAGUGAAACUAUUAUGUGGUGUAAUGUUUCUUUCUUUUUCGCCUACCCUUUUCCUGUCGAUAACGCAUAUUGAGCCCGGUCCGGUUAGGUUGUUCGGUUUUGGUGACUGUAAUUGUGAAUUAACAUGCGCAAACUGAUAGACUAUAGACGAACUUAAGCAACCCAAACGCGAAACUGUUUGCCUUAUGCAUGGUGGUCGGAAAAAUGUUCAAGUAUUGGUAAGGAUCGAGAUCGCCCAAAAUCCUCCGUUUGCCGGAUGGCGACAGCAACAAUUUUGCAUGGAUUCCGUUUCGUUUUCGUGUUUUGCUGUGCGGUUUUAUUUCGCUACGUGUUCUGUACUGGCAUCCUUCGCAUUGUGUAAUUGUGUGUGUAUGUGUGCGAGUGUAUGUACUUGAGAAAAACGCACAUCCAGCAAAAUGGUGGUUUCAUGUUAUACGAUAGAGCUGCUCUCGCUGCUACUCUGCUGUGUAUUGGUUCAGGGGGGCAGCGUGGACCUGACUGCUAAGCUCGUGUGGACGGCACGACAGGAAGGAGACUAAAAGCAAUUUAGUAACUUAAGCAAGCGGACUCGCACUCACGCAACAUGAAAGGGAAGGAAAAAGGGGGACAGCAAAUUCAUACGCAUAAUGCAUCUCCGUGCAUCUUCUCGCUGGUAGUGCACCCUAGCACGACACGUGACACAAUAUACCGAACAUGAAAGCACACAAACACACACACACAUACAAUAAAACGGAAACACUUACAAAAAACAUUAACGCGUAAUGAGAAAAGUGGCGGUGCAAAAAAGGGGGUAACUAAAUACAUAUAACAAAUACAAUAAAUAAAUAAAUAAAUAUAUAGAUAUAUAUACAUGUACGAUUCACUAUCGUCAAGAUUCACUUUCUAGACUCCUGAUUGCGAAACGAAGUACAAAUUAGAAUGUAUGCUUUAAAAACAAACUCAUAGGAAAAUGAAGAAAAAAAUCUUUCACUACUCAUUGCACACAGAUAAGCUACUAUAUGACAAGAAAUACAGGAGUGCGCUAGGCACCACCAAGCAAGCCAAACCGGGUGCAGCAGCCCUGCCUGCCGGACCGUCAUCCUUUCUGCAACGCGAUGCUUGGGACCGCAGACGGGCCAAAAAAAAAAAACACACACACACACAUACAGUUUACAACCAUUAUGGGUAUUUUUGCCUCCCAAUAUUGAUGUUUUUUCCUCUCCUCCUGCGUUGUUAUACCGUUUUGUGCGUGCAGCGUGUGAAAACUUUUCAUGUGGUUUGCUUCAUGUGCCAAAUUUGAGUUUACAUGUAACUCGAUAAAGAUAACUUGUUGAUGCUUCUGUUCCAUUAUCGAAAGCUUCUAUGUUUUUUUUUCUUCUGGCUCAAUUUAUUUCGAAUGCCUGCUGCUCUGUACAGAGAUGCGAUAUGUUGAACGAAAAAAAAAAAAUUGAGGCAUUGUUCGAUAUUCAACAACAAAUACCAAUUCUUCUUUUUGUUUUAGAAACAUAUUUACUCGAUGGGCAAACGAACAAUAGACCGAUGAACAAAGAGAAUCAAAAUGAUACAUGUAUAGAAAAAAAGCAACAAGAUAACAUCAAAUACAUAAAAGAAAACUGCACCGUUAAGAAACCUUAGCCAUACUAUUUUUCUACACUUAAAUAUUGUAAGAAAAUGAAAAACAAACAAAUGAACGAGUUUUACCGUACCGCGGUGGUAACUGGCGAUAGUAAAAGUGAACAAAAACAUGAGAAAACAUAAAUAGCAACGGUUUAUUGAACGUACACGAAUUUAAUAGUAAAAUGCAUAAUAUGCGUUAGUGAAAACCCGGCUUAAUAUAUAGAGAACUCCCAAUGCAGAAAACAACAGUAGAAAUAACACACGCAAACAAAUUUGUUCACAAGUCAGUCUCAUUUCCCAGUGCGAUUACAUUUCUCGUUUUUUGUUUCGAUUCACUUACCGGUUUCUGAUCUUACGCUCCAGCUCUUGGUGCACCAUCUAAAGCUUUUUUGAAUUUCAAGAUCUCUGAGUCUUGGCUUGGAAGUCAUCUGGAAGAAAUCAGUAGAGAAUCAAUAAUAAUAGUAGUAGAUUGUUCCUUUUUUACUUGCGCCUGUCUGUUGCAGGCGCCGAUCUUCGGCUUGCACAACGUAAGACAACUUAUAGCAAAAUGAGACACAUGUGUAAAAGUGGUUGAAAAGAAAAACGUAUUUAAAUAAUAGCCAAAGUAGCAUCUACGAGAGUUCUAAAGAAAUAAAAAAGAGAAACAAAACACAAAACUCAAACAUCCAACACACCAUAGAACAUUUUUAAUAGUAAAAACAUACACACACACACAUAAAGCUACUACUCGGUGGUGGGAUUAGGGCAGAAACACGCGCAUGUAUAAAUACCAUACAUAACAAAGGGAAGAAGAGAGACGCAAAAGCAUUAGACUAUACAUUUGAAGUAAAAUUUACCAUCCAAAGUAAAUAUUCGAUACACAUUCAUACAAAAAAAAAAGCUCUCUUCGGGACAAGAAGGAAGGACAUUAUAAAACGCAAACGUUAUACACAACCAAACAUGUAGCAAAGCAGUAAGCAAAACGAAUCAAACUUUAAUCAAGUGAAUCCAUUUUACAUUGCUAGUAAUGUUGAAGCAACAAUGUAGAAACCCUCGAUCUAAAAGGCGAUCAUAAUUACACAGAAAAAAGGAAAGAACUGCUGGAGGACGAUGUGGAAAACAAAAGAAAAACAACUAAACCAAUCUAAAUCGGUAGCGCGUGUACAAAACAAAAGAGAGCAGAAGAAAAAAAAAUACCCUAACGCGAUACAUAGAAGCGCGGCACACGAUGUUGACUGAACUAUGAUAACCAAACAACAAAAAAGCUUAGUGGCGAACGUAUCGGAACAUACGAACAGAAGAAAACGUAGCAGAUUGGUACAGCUUUCGGUUGAUUUCGGUUGUAGUGCUGUGUGGAAUGUUUAAUUUUCAUUUGGCUGUGCUUUCGAAAGAAGGAACCUAAAUUUUCGUAAUAUUUUUACAACCUGUAGCACACCAACUGCACACAGUCGAACACAUGGAUGAUACUUGAAAGGCCUGGGGUGGCCGAAUCCUUUGCUCCCAUACUUGUGUGUAAGGUGGUUUGUAACUUUUGUUUUAUUGCGACGAAAUUCACUAUAUUAGCGAUCGAUCGGCGCCAGCGGUGGCGAUGUUGAUGAUAAGCGAAUUAGUUUUAACCGUGUAAUUUAUCUGUAAAAAGUAAUCUAGCAUCAGUUCGGUAAGGUUCAUCGCUAUGUUCAAAACAUAAUAAGCUAAGCAUGUGUAAGCUACAGUGCUGUUGUUUUUUGGUUCUCUUGGAGUUGUACAUUUUAUGUUUAUACAUUGGUUGGAUCCGGCUUUCGAUCGGUGAGGGCGGUGAGAAGUGAUCCGAAGAUUAGCAGUGAUUCAGUGAGUGUAAUGAUUAAGACAGUCGGAAUAGAAGCAAAAAAAACCGUUGCAUCCUUGCAAGUUGCUUAAGCUUGUUCUGUUCGGUUUUGAUGCCACACAGUAAAGAACGUCGUCGCCAACACACAGCAACAGGUAAAGCAAAAACGCGGCACAUGGAAAGCAGUGCACAAACUGUGACCGCAACUGUUGGGGAGGGAUUAUUUAUUAUUAAACAAAAAUGAUUUUGUGUAUAGAUUUGCCAUUUACAUGUUAUUUAGUAGCUACGGUUAAUACUAUAGAACUGAAGGAAGAAAAAAAAAACAAACUGACGAAGAAAAACAACCGAAGGAAAACUGCUGCUACGUAAGUUUGAAGUGCAAGUAAAGGGGGGAAAUAAAAUAAUAGCGACACGAGUCACUUGACAACUUUGCAAGGUCUGAAAGUGAGAGUAAGGCUGAUGGAUGAGACGGAACAUGGAAAAUGCUGUUCCCAACCAAACAUACCGAACGUUUGAGAAAAUAGACAAAGAAAUGGAAACGUCAUUCUAUACUCUCACUGCAAAAAAAAGAUCGUACAAUGUUACGCGAAUGCAAAACAACUGCAGAAAACACAUUCAAACGCAAAUAAAGCAUAAAUAGGAAAAAAAAAAACAAACACUCACACAAAUAACUGUAGAGCGAAACUCCCAUAGACGAAUCAAGAUAUAAAAACAACCAGAAACAAAAUCGAAAAAAAAA